GCAAAACGAGUAGCUGGUGUGGCGUAUUAACAUCGCCACUGGGGAGACAAAGGCGGCCGGCCGUGGUGGAUACAAGUCCCGGGCGAAGCCGGGUAGUACAGCUAGUUGUAUUUUGAAGGCAAGAGCUUGCUUCAGGUAAUUGCGUUUUAUCUCAAAUGUGAUUGCACUCACGAGAAAACAAGAUACUCGAUUUCUGCCUCCAUUCAGCUAGAAAUGAUGUCCAAUGUUAACUGGUACGUGAACACAGAUUAAUUGAAACGUGAGUUUUCCUUGGAAUUUGGCAGAAUGCUUUUCCUGAGAGUUCAUUCUGUAUUCCAUCUACCAUUAUAUCUCUUGCAAAUAAAAUUAUUACUGCAAUAAACAAACUGCUUGGCACUGCUUCAAUGCCUGUGGAGCAAUAUAUAUGUAUAAAAUACAAUUUAUUUUGUUUGAUGAAAACAAGUAAUUUAUGCCAUCCUACAUGGAAACAAUAAAACGCACCAUUUAAUUUUGAUUUCAGGCAUCAAAAAAUCGGUCGUUUUAGCGAUGCGCAAUUUUCAUGGUAAAUUACAACCAAUUGUCUGAAAUUGUGUUGUCAGAAUUGAGCAAGCCGGGAGCUCCUGCGUGCCUCGACCGUGGGUCACGCAGCCCUCCUACAGGCGCCAUGGCCUUCCCAGAAAGCUCACCCCCUGGCGGUGGUAGUGGCGUCAGCAGCGGUACGGGGCCACUGUCCAAGGCGGCGUCAUACCUGGACCGCGUGCGCGGCUCACCGUCGCGCAGAGCCGGCUUCGACACCGCCAGCGGAAAGGGCGCCUACCUGCUGCAGGCGGCCGCACAGAUCCGGCUGGCGCUGGAGGCGGAGGCAGCUGAGCGCUACGAGGGGGCCUUCAACCACUACCAGAGCAGCGUGGGACUGCUGCUGCGCGGCGUGCAAGCGGACCCGGAUCCGGUGAGACGCGAGGCUGUGAGGAGGAAGACGCAGCAAUACCUGAUGCGAGCGGAGCGUAUCUUCACGCAGCACCUGGGGAACGGGCCAUCACACUCCGCAGGAUUCAGCAGCCUCGGGCUCAGGCACAUGCGGAGUUUGAGUGGCCCACCCGAGGAACUCAAGUACUACAAAGUUCUCAGCAUUUUUGACAAGGUUUUACUUGUUAAAGACCAAAAUACCGGAGAGAAAUACAUCCUAAAGAGCGUGCGCAAGACGAGCGGCGACUCGCCUGGUCGGCGGACGGUGCUGCCACAGGGCGUCCCCUUCAUGGUGCCACUGCUUCGCUACUACAUCACCGACGACUCCAUAUUCUUGCUGCUGCAGCACGUACAAGGCGGGCGCCUGUGGUCGCAUGUCAAGAAGCAGUUCUCUUCUGAAGUGCCCUUUGAGGGGUUCGUGGGGCAGCGUCCACUCACCUGUAGGGUAACUUGCGGCAUGAGGGGCAGCGUGACGAGCCCCAACCUCAAACAGUACGCCGGCACAACACCCGGGCAUUUGAGCAAGUCGACAGGCGUCGCUGACCCUUGCGAUAGCGACGAUAAUGAUGACAAAGGCGAAGGUGUUGGCUGCGACCUGACACGUCGUAGGGGGUACACACACCCGGAUGCGCCUCAGGCGUGUCUCCCCGACGCUGGCGGGGAGGCACGCCCAGACGUUCCGUCCGCUGGCACGCCGGAUUCUCAAGGAAGCGGGCAUGUGUGUGGCCUGCUGAGCCACAGCGUAAAGGAAUGCCUCUCACACAAUAGCAUUGCGGCAGGGGACGCCUGCUUAAGUGGCCAAGAAGGGAUGACUGAUCGAUUCCCGCCGUGCCAGGCGCCCAUUGGCGGAACCAACGCGUUCAGCGUCACACGCGCCCCCAAUGACCGCAUACCUACCUCCGACGGCGCAACUGUGCCGCUGCCGACGCCCGCCGCGUGCGGUGCCAGGGCUGCGUCGGACUGCAGCGACUCGCCGUGCCGAUCGGCCUCCAGGUCGCCGAGCAAAGCGACGGGUCGUCGCUGCACGCCGGGGCCCAGAGCGUGCAGCCGACUCACUCGUGAAGAUUGCGCCGAGAAGCAGAACGGUGCGAGGAGUCCUGUUCGAGCGGCGGACUUGAAGCUGAAGCUGAAGCCCAGCCCGGUGAGGGACCGGUGUGACCACGUGCCUUACACCAUCACCGUCAACCCCUUCGAGGUGAUUGGCAGACAGGAGUUUGCCGACGAUGCCCACUGUAAUUCCACAGGCAAUUUCAGUGGCUUUGCUUGCAAUUACGAUCGCGACGGGUCUUACCUGGCCUUAACUCAAAAAGACAGUUCUGAAUUGCGGGAUGCCUUUGCCAGUUAUUCGAGUGCCCUAUCCAAUGAUUUGCCUUUCAUUGCUGCUGAAAAGAAGGAGCACCUCUGUAAUGGGGUGGCGUUUGAAAGCGAUGACUCAAACAGGGCUGGUGAAAGCAGCCACUCUCUGGCAGACCCAUUAUCAAGCGCACCUGGCUUGGUCAAUAUCCCCCUAGAGGUGGUCGAUAUCCUUGCCGUGGACCGGCUGGGACUAGAUGAAGCUGGCGAUGAGAAAUGCGGCUGCAAUAUAAUUGGGGACGUACACAGUGUUGAACUGAACCCAGAGUCCGUACAGUUGUCCUUCGGGGCGACGUACCACAUACCAAAUGGAAACGGAAAGCACUUUUGCGCAUCCUCGCAGGAUUCCUCGAGCGAUGCUUUUGAACAAAUUGCAAUUUCGGCCGGAAACGAACACUUGCACCUCGUGACCGACAGUCGAACCGACCCCGGAGCUUCCCGCGAUUCCACAGAAAAUGGAUUUGACGAAAGGGUUGGAAAUGAACGGUCGCAGGAUGAGCCAGGACUCGAACCCGAGGCUGCCAAACUCUCCUAUCGACGGCGGGAGAAGAGUUCCACCGCCAGCGACACACCUGACGCCGGUGGGGGCAGCAGCAUCGGAGGCGGCCUCCAUCGCCGCGAUCGCCUCUUUGUGGCGGCGGCGGCUCCCCCGUCUAGCCGGGGGGGCUGCCCAGUGCGCCAGCCACUGGCCGUGCCCGAGCAGCCGGUGAGGGUGUGGGCGGCACAGCUGGUGCAGGCGCUCGACGGGCUUCACAAGCAGGGCCUGGUGUGCGGAGACCUCAACCCUCGCAACAUUCUGCUUGAAUCAACAGGCCACAUCCGAGUGACGUACUUCAGCCAGUGGAGCGAGGUGGAGAAGGCAUUCUCCCAGACAGCCGUGCAGGACAUGUACUGUGCACCAGAAAUCGUUGCUGCAUACCAGGAAACAAAGGUCUCUGAUUGGUGGAGCUUUGGUGUUCUUCUCUAUGAACUCCUGACUGGAGAGGCCCUAUGUCACUGCCAUCCAACUGGCAUCACUGCCCACACCAAGCUAAGCCUGCCCACUCACUUGUCCGAUGAGGCACAGUCUCUUCUCCGGCAGCUGCUGCAGUUCAGCCCCGCUGAGCGACUGGGUGCGGGACCCAGCGGAGCCGACGAAAUCCGAUUGCACCACUUUUUCGCCUCCAUCGACUGGGAUCAACUGCACGGAUGACAUCGGCGCGGACAAGGGAAAUCUGCCGAUGUUACAACCACAUGGGAUUUUAUUCGGUUUAUAAGAACCGUGAAAUUACGUGUCAACAUGAACACGAGAACAAAAUCUACUUAUGCGGCAAUAAUUUAGUUUACGUUCCAAAAUAAGAAAUGUUAAUUUUCAGGGUUUUUUUUUUUACCCCCACACCCAAGUGUUGGGAAGAGGCAUCUUGACCGAGUGGACCCUAAUUAUGAACCAGGGAAGCACCAUUUUGCAUCAUAAUUGUAUAAAGAGCUUGAUCAUUUUAUAAUUUACAAGUUUGAAAAUAUUUUUAUAAGUAUUUUACAUCAGGGUAUUACCAUUUACCUUCGAUGCAAUUAAAAAUAUGAAGUUUAGUAUGCAUUUUGCCAUGUUAGUAUAAUUUCAAGUGCAUUUUUAUAACCGAUGCAAGCCAAAUGAAUUUGUUUUCUAUAUUAUUUUAGCAUUUAUACAAUCUCUACAUAAUUGCACGUUUCGGAUUGCAAUUAUGAUUAAAAUGCCUAUCUUUAAAGCCUUUGAGCAAACGUAGAUAAAUGAAACGAAUACAACCACAGUGUAAAUCCUGCCUCAACAAGAAGAACAACGCCUUUGCUCCAAGUGCUUCUAAGAGAGGUCAAAUAAUUGUGUUGACAGUGUAGAGUGGUGUCUGUAUUACAUAGCCUGCUUGCCGCUUUUCGCUCGGAAAAAGUUGAACUGCAAAGAGACCUUUGAUGUAUAGCGGCGAGUGUGAUUCACAGUCGGAGGCUGACAAAUGGAUGGUGGGGGAUUAAUCACUCAGCUGCUUGGGCAUGUGCCGGAAGCAACGCCACUUUUAAAGUGAAACGAAUGACGUUUAUUCACAUUGUUGCUUCGUAUCAACCGGUACAAAGUACUGAACAACAUCACCUUCUCUCUGUAAUUGACACAAUUAUGUACGGGCCAAAUGUGUUGUGCAUAUCAUUUUUGGAAAGUCCUGAAAUUGAUUCUUCCAGAACAUAUUUUAAACCUCGUGUAGUUGCACACCAACACCAUUGCCCGCCUUUUACCAUUCGGAUGGAAAUAUUGUUUUUCAAGCUGCUCGGUCAUGAUUUAUCAACUUGCUCUGAUCGCUCGCAUUACUACCACGUGGAGGUGCCAUGGUUUUUUUUUAUCAUUCAAAGCCACAUGUUGCUUUUUUAGAACACUAUAUGCAAAGGUGGCUUGGCACUUUGUCACUGCAAAUUUACCCCCCCCCCCCCCUUUCCCCCAUCUGUUGCUCAGACCCCUUAACUCGCUGGCUAGAUUGCAAUAUGCACAAAUGUUCGCGUUAUUUUGACACUUGACAUUCGUGAAGUUUUAUUUUGUAUCUAGUUGCUGCCAAUUCUGAUGCGUACAUUUAUAUUGAAUGUAUUUACCAAUAAUCACACGCAUCUAACAUUUAAUUGACAAAUGUCUUAACAUAUCGGUUAUGGAUGAUAAUCAUUGCCAUGUGUUUAGGGAAAUGCAGGAGUAGUAGUAUUAGCCAGGUUCAAUGAAGAAAGUUAUUUUCAUUACAGUAUUUUUUGUUGUUCACUACCUUGAAGAAGGCUCAUAAGUGCUAUAGUCUGCAGAAGCAUUGCGCUACGGUCAUGUUACUUGUGCUUAUGAGUUUAGGCAUAACACCAAAAUUACUGUGUAAGACAUUUAUUUUAUUUGUAAUAUUUAUCCGUGCAUUAUUCACCCCUGUGGAGUCCCAAAGCAUUGUCAAGUUUUUCAGACGAAGUUUGUUGUGUUUGCGAGCACACACGGGUGACAGUAACGAUUUAACUUCGUAGAGGAGUUGAACCAAUGGAUCUACCCAGCUGGGCUUGGUGAAGGCUGUGUUUGCAUCUGUGAUGUAUUUAGCAUUGUGCUAAGAGUCACUGCCCUUGAACAGACGCUAUUCAUGGCAUCGUUUUCUUUACUUUAACUCGGCUGUAUUCUUUACCAUGAGGCUCAUUCUUCCUCGAAUGAAUCAGAUCUCCAAAAAGCAGCAUAAUUUCCUGAUACAAAUCAGAAAUCGUUGAGCAAAAUAAGCAGUCAAUAUACAGAUAUAUUGUUAAAUGGAAACACGUUUCACGUCUUUUUCAAAUUAGAUAUGUAAACAAAUCCAAAACUAAAUUGGGAUCCCAUCCAAAUAUGUACGCAUGUGAAUGAAAUUCACUUUAUGAUGAAAACAAUCCUGUGUUCCUGCAUAAAUAAAAAUGUAAAUACUAAAUGUAUGGUGGGCAUGCCUGCCAAACUUUGCCCAGAGGGUGAUGUUGAAAACUGAGACCAACACCACCGCCUUACCUGAGUGGUCUGAUCAUUUCAAGCUGGCUUCCCGUGCCGUGAUAACACCUGUGGAGUCAUUUUUCAUUUUUAUCUUUUGAAAUCAGUGUUAAAAUCGCGCGCCUUUUUUCUCUGCACUAGGAUUUCUUGCCAGGGAUUUUUAGCAUUCUAUGCAUCAAUAACGUAAGUGUACGCUGAAGCGCCGUGCCUCCUUGUAAUGUACGUAUCGACGGUGUGAUCAAUUGUUAAUAAAAUAAUAACUCAU